AUGGCCCUGGAGCAGAGACAGAAGCCCCGUCAAAGGGGGACGACCAUCUGGCCAGAAGACCGAGGAGGUCCCACCACCCAGCAAGCAGCACGCGCUCCAAAGAGGAAGUUUUCGAGGGCCUCUAGUCUCCACCGAUCCGCUCGGGGGCUGAUAGGCGCUGCUGUCAAUGGACUCUGUUCCGACCGGCGUCGAGACGGACUGUCCACCGGCCCACGGAGGUGGCAGGACUGGCAGAAGGGCGACAACCUGCACUCGACACCGGCCAGCGAGACGGAGCCCAAGGGCAAUCACGCUGGACAAACUUGGAGAGGGUCAAGAACGAGCGGUCAGGAUCAAGGCGCAUCAUGGCUGGAGGAGGAACAGAUCGGUGGCGAUGGCUGCGCAUGGUCAAGGGUUUAG